UUGAGGCUCCGUCUCAAAAAAAAAAAAAAAAGAUUUAGGGCUCCUAAGAAGAGCAGGUAUCUGGCUGGCCUCUGGCUAUCCUGCCUAGAAGUGUUGUGCCCUUUCUGGUCUCCACUCUGGCCUUAGCUUUCCUGCUAGCCAAUCUGGCUUUCAGGAUGUCCUUAUAGAACCUGAGGGCAUUAUGCCUAGUUACCUCUUGGUAUGAGGUAGGCACCUCCCAGCCCCAGGGAUGGAAGAGGGGCCAGUGAGUUGUCUGGACAGUGGGAAGGUAUGGGAGGCAAGGGAACUGAUUCCUUUGAGGCCCAAAACAGUCAAAUCCUGAGAAUAGGGACAAGGCACUACCUGGCAAUCCAUGUUCCUCUAUGGCUACAUAAGGCCCUGAGCUCCUAGCCUGGGGCUUCAGGAAAUAGAGGGUACAUUCAGAGGGUCCACUCUUGGAUGGUGGGCACCUGAGGGUUGGGGGUUCCCUGACAGGUGAUAAGAGGCUCAAAGAACAUGGCUCUAAGGCCAGAGCUCAAUAGAGGGUAAGGCCCAAGUAGCCCAGAGAGCUGGGCCCUGGAGCACCCAUUUCCUGGAAGGUCCCCUGAGGGCCCUUUGCCACAGUCAGGCGGGAAGGGCCCAGGUGUCCAGCCACCCAGCACCGCCUCAGGCAUCCUGGCUCCAACGGGGGACAGCCUCUGCGCCUGCCGUUCCCAGCGCCAGCUCUCAGCCCACAGAGGGGCCUUUGUUCUGGUUGCCAACAGUGCCCGCCGGGCGGCUGGGAACAGGGCCCACAGCCCUACCCUCUCCCAAGGCCCCCAGCCAUCGGACAGUGCCAUUCUAGGUUGUCCAGGAGGCCACUGACACAUAGGGCCAGUGCAAGAAACCAUCUUCUAGUACUAAUGUCAGAGAAGGGGAGUCUGUCCAGGAUGCAUACCAGGACUGGGACCUAGAGGCCUGGGACUCAGCACCAGAGAUCCUGGUGCCACUGGCUCUGAACUCAGGUCAUCCAGAUGACUUUUACUUCACAAAUGGGAAACUGAGUCCCCAAGGCCUUGACUCAGUGUGUGUGUAGGGGGUGCAUUGUGUACUGGCUACAGUGUCCCAUCAGGAUAUCUUGGGACCUCAGGUGUCUGAGCUCUCUUCCCCCAAUGACAGAAGCCAGGGAGGCAGCAGGCAGAGUUGCAUGUGUGUGUGUGUCUUGAAUUACCCCGGGGAGGUGCACUAUGGUUGCAGGCCUCAUGUAGGAGGACCCAAGGAGUGGGCAUAACCAGAAGGACUGGCUGCUCUGAAGACUACUGUGUUGGUUUGAGGGCAGUGCUCCUAGUGGUAUUACCUGAGCCAUGGAAGCGCCUUUGCAGACAGAGAUGGUGGAGCUGGUGCCCAACGGCAAACAUUCAGAGGGGCUACUCCCAGUCAUCACCCCCUUGGCAAGCAACCAGAGGGUUGAGGACCUCGGACGGAGCUGUGUUGAGGGCAAGGGCUUCCUGCAGAAAAGCUCCAGCAAAGAGCCGCACUUCACUGACUUCGAGGGGAAGACAUCAUUCGGGAUGUCAGUGUUCAAUCUCAGCAAUGCCAUCAUGGGCAGCGGCAUCCUGGGGCUCGCCUAUGCCAUGGCCAAUACAGGCAUCAUCCUUUUUCUAUUCCUGCUGACAGCUGUCGCCCUGCUCUCCAGCUACUCCAUCCACCUGCUACUCAAGUCCUCAGGAAUUGUGGGCAUCCGUGCCUAUGAACAACUGGGCUACCGUGCCUUUGGGACCCCAGGAAAGCUGGCAGCGGCCCUGGCUAUCACAUUGCAGAACAUUGGAGCCAUGUCCAGCUACCUGUACAUCAUCAAGUCUGAGCUGCCCCUUGUUAUACAGACCUUCCUGAACCUGGAGGAGAAAACCUCGGACUGGUACAUGAAUGGGAAUUACUUGGUGAUCCUGGUCUCUGUCACUAUCAUUCUGCCUCUGGCACUGAUGCGGCAGCUUGGCUACCUGGGCUACUCCAGUGGCUUCUCUCUUAGCUGUAUGGUGUUCUUCCUAAUUGCAGUCAUCUACAAAAAGUUUCACGUGCCCUGCCCAUUGUCCCCCAACUUCACCAAUAUCACAGGCAACGUCAGCCACGUGGAGGUCAUUGAGGAGAAGGUGCAGCUGCAGGUGGAGACUGAGGCUGCAGCCUUCUGCACCCCAAGCUACUUCACACUCAACUCACAGACAGCAUACACCAUCCCCAUCAUGGCCUUCGCCUUCGUCUGCCACCCAGAGGUGUUGCCCAUCUAUACAGAGCUCAAGGACCCCUCCAAGAGGAAGAUGCAGCACAUCUCUAACCUGUCCAUUGCUGUCAUGUACGUCAUGUACUUCCUGGCUGCCCUCUUCGGCUACCUCACCUUCUAUGAUGGGGUGGAGUCAGAGCUGCUGCACACUUACAGCAAGGUGGACGCGUUUGAUGUGCUGAUCCUGUGCGUGCGCGUGGCCGUGCUGACAGCGGUUACACUCACGGUGCCAAUUGUUCUGUUCCCGGUGCGCCGCGCCAUCCAGCAGAUGCUGUUUGAGAACCAGGAGUUCAGCUGGCUGCGGCACAUACUCAUCGCCAUUUGCCUGCUCACUUGUAUUAACCUGCUGGUCAUCUUUGCCCCCAACAUCCUGGGCAUCUUCGGGGUCAUUGGUGCCACAUCUGCCCCAUGCCUCAUCUUCAUCUUCCCUGCCAUCUUCUACUUUCGAAUUGUGCCCACUGAGAAGGAGCCUGUGAAAUCUACCCCCAAAAUCAUGGCUCUUUGUUUUGCUGUGCUUGGCCUCUUGCUGAUGACCAUGAGCUUGAGCUUCAUCAUCAUUGACUGGGUUUCAGGGACUGGCCAGCAUGGAGGAAGCCACUAGAGAAUCCAUCCUGUUCUGUCUACCUGUCCUAGAACCCCUGUCCAGACUCUCUAGCCCCUGCUCCCAUCCAGCAGCCAGUGCCGGUAGGAGAAAGAUGCAAUUAACACUAUGGCAUUUGGCCCCAUGUCCUCUCUGGAGAAGGUUUUUAUUAAGGAACCAGGACCAAGGCCCUUAGGUCAUCACCCUGCUGGCUCCAGAGCCACAGGGGCUUCCUGAACUGGGAGCAGGAUGGGGCUGUCAUCUCAGAUCCAACUCAAGCUCCUCCAACCACCCUUGCACAGAUGCAUACUCUGAGGCCCAGAAGCUGCUUCUUGAGGUUUCUCAGCCUGUAGAGGCACAUAGAGCUGGAACCCAUGCCUGCAGCCCUUCUCCCACACUGCUGCAAGGCCAUGUCUGCACCAUGGGGCCUCUUCUGCCCCAGCCCACUUGUUUUUCCUCCUUCUAUCCCCUAGACCCCGUUCAGUCACUUGGGGUCAGGCCUUUGGAUGCUCUUCUCACAUGCCCUCCACAGGAAACCUCACCCUACCCCAUAGCUGGGCUGGGGCCAGCAGGUUCUGCUAAGGGUGGGGCUGGUAUGUAGCUACCCACAAGGGACUAUUGCCCUGCCCCUUCACCAGUCCUGGGGAGGCUGGGACUCCCUCACCCCAAGCCUGGGCCAUAGCACACAUUCCACUGCUGGGGGAAGAGAGAGGCUGGGCCUAAAAUGUCCUGCCCUUGGGAGCCAAAGACCCCUAGGGCCAGACUGGGGCAGAAUGGGGAGGCUGGCAGCUCCCUUUUAUAAAUAUUAUACAUAAGA